AGUCCAGGCCGGUUAUCUGCAAUAUUUUCGACAUUAAACGAAUUCAGAAAAUAUGGCGGAUAACAACAAGAAUGGAUACUUAACAGUUGCAACAAACUCCAUGAUUCAACAGCAUCUUGCGGCACAGUCACAGCAGAAACUCAAAAUGGAUGAGCAACAAGUAAACUACAGCCUUAAAGUGCCCCAAGUUAACCACUCUCAGGAGUCUUUUACCAUGGUUCCAGAUGACGGGCUUGGCUACGACGAUGGUGUCAGAGUACUCCGCUCUAUUGGGACAUGGGCUCCAGAUUACUCGAGCAGCUCUAGUUCACAAAGUUACCAGCCUGAAAACUCCUAUAAUGAAGUGAAAAAGGCCUCGCCAUCUACCAACGCUUCCCAGACUCAGACCUACCAGAUGUCACUGCAGAAGCCCAAGCCCAAGGUGGAGAAUAACAAUAAGAGCUUCACCUGCACCGAGUGUGGGAAAGGCUUGGCUAGGAAAGAUAAACUUGUGAUACACAUGAGGAUCCACACUGGUGAGAAACCUUACGUGUGCGAAGUUUGUAAGAAAGCGUUCUCCCGACGAGACAAGCUGGUGAUACACAUGAACAAACUGAAGCAUCUGACUCCAUCGAACCUGGCCCCACUGUCCAAGCGUGUGCCAGACUCCCGCCCUCCGCAGCCUCAGCACACUCUGGUUGCACCUAGGAAGGAGAUGAAGGACGAGAGCACUUCCAUGUCUCCCCCGCCACCUCCCCCACCUCACCCUUCCGUUAUGCCCCUGGAUACAACUACGUACUGCGGCCCGUUUCCUCAGCCAGACCAGAGCUACUGUCUGAUGUGUCAUCAGUCCUUCACCAAUAGGGACCAGUUUAUGUUCCAUCUGCGUACACACUUCCGCACCCCUGACUCCACACAAGUCUGCUCCUAAGUGACUCAGUAUCAUCACCUAGACAUGCUAAACGUAUCGAGCUAUGUCUGUAUUAGCUUUAAACUAUCCUGCCGACUAAAGCCCACCCUGGAAGAUGGUUAGCUGUAGUUAGCCGUUUGUUUGCUAUAGUUCAGGACUUGGAGGUAAAAUUUGAGCGUGGAAGUUAGUUUCUUAGUUGUUAAUGAAUCUUGUCAAUGUGAAGAUGCUUACAUCACAAUAAGGUAACAAAAUAGGAUUUUAUCAUUGCUGAUUCUGGUACAAGGAACUAAGGUAAUAUCAGUUGAUGGGAUGAAACAUCUCAUAAUUUAGCUUUAUAUAAAGCUUAGAAUUUCUAAGUGCCAAGUUUUUUGUUUCAUGACACUUUUUAGUAUUUAGUGUCUGAAUAGCCGUAAAGGUUUGUCAAUUGACAAUUUAUGUCUUUGCAAAUGCUAUUAAAACUAAUAUGAACAGUCGUAGCUUUAAAUAUUGUAAGGUUUUGUGUUGAAACAAGUGGCACACAACAAAGAUGGCAUGGAUCCACAGGAAACUUGUAUGUAGAAAGUUCAGGUUGUAGUAGGCCUAUGUGCCGCUAGUGGGGCUGUGAUCACAUUUGGUACAUUAACACAUGCACUCAGCACAGUAUGGAGAGAUAACGAAUAAUUGGGACAAGACUAGUUUUGAGGGCAAGAGGAGCAAAGAGAGAUUUUCUUAUGGUGUGAUAUUUCUGGGACCUACAUCUUGUAGAGAUCUGAAUCUAAAAUUUAUGUGUAUACAUUAUCAAAUGCAAUACAGAAUUUACUCUACUGAAAUUGAUUCUCAUUAUUAUUUAUAUUUACUUCUUUUUAAAAUUUAUUUCCAAACUGUUGAUAUCAGAAACAUAUGUUAAUCACCCGAAAUUAAGGAAAAAUUGUUAAUGUUCAUUCUAUACAGCUCAGUUUUUAUUUCCCUUGAUGUCAAGGUUCCUGUACAAGAAAUACAGUUCAGUGAAAAUAAAGACUUUUUAAGUACUAAAAUGUCGAC